AUGACGGAUCUCGAAAGUCGCCUGGAGAAGCUACAAGAGCUUCUAGGCAAUGGCGUCAAGCUUGCUGAAAGCCCACACGAAGACAGCGACACAGCACAUGAACCUUGCGGAAACAGCUUUGGAAUGGUGAUGGAUGAUGAGUACAUUCGAAAUGAGGAACGAUGGAUGAUCAGAGAGCAGGUCUCUCCGGAACAGCUACGGGCGGAAGCUGCUGCUGCCAGAAAAGAACUGUUCGAGAGCAACAAGAAGAAAGCUUUCGACAACUCUGAUUUUCGUAUCGGACAAAAUGUUGAUGAAGAAUUCUUGUUCUGCCCGUUCAAGGUCGUCGUAUCGUAUCCCGAACGCUUCGUUGGCAAAGCCAACAAGCCUCGUACGAAGCCAUUUUUCACUGAAAUUCUCAAAGAUCGGACUUGGGACUUCUUCUAUCUUCACAAUCCACUAGAGCCAGCCAGAGACCCUUACCUUUUGGUUCCGUCUGCCCAGUUCGAAGUCUUCCUUGAAGAAAUCAACCUCAUACUGGGUACUUUUCUCAGAAUUCCCGCUGGUAGCAUGAACAAGGACAAAUUCUACCUCAAAUUUGGUGAAGGCGGCACUCCACGUCCCCGGUAUCUGAGACGAUCUCUGGAAUCGACCUCCCUUGACAUUCGACCAUGGCCCGCCAUCGACCCCGAUGACAUCGAAGCUUUUAAGGCAGCAAGCCCUCGGGAACAGCUUGUUUGGAGGUCCAAAAUGCGAGUCGUUAAGACCGGCUUCGCUGCCAAGAGAAUGGCAGACCCGGACAAGGCUGCCAGGAAGAAGGGACACAGGGACCAAAUGCUUCGCAACACACUGAGCUAUCUUGGUCUUCUGGGAGACCCCGAUGGCCACGAUAUCGUUUUCGUCUGCGUUGAUGUCGAAGCGAUCGAACGAAAGCCAAACCCCAUUUCUGAAGUUGGGAUUGCUAUCCUGGAUACACGGGACAUCAAAGGCGUUGACCCUAAGGACGUUGGUCGUGGUUGGUGGCCCGAGAUCAAGACUCAUCACCUCCGAGUGCAUGAAUAUGCUGGUUUACGAAACUACCAGUUUGUCAAAGGGUGUCCCGACUCCUUUGACUUUGGGACAAGCACCUUCCCACAGAAAGCCGUCCUUCAAGAGGCUAUCAUGAACAUCUUCAAUCCUUACGUUAUCAGUGAACGAGAGAUCAUUGUGGUUGGGCAUGAUGUGCGACAAGAUAUUACUUACUUCAACGAGAUGGGCAUAGAUCUCAGAGCCCUUGCAGGAUUGAAAGAGCCGGUCGACACCCAGCAUAUCCACCAGGCUUGGUGCGGUGCAUCCAAUGGGCGAGGUCUCGUCGCUGUACUCAACGAUCUGGGUAUUCCCAACAAGCACCUGCACAAUGCUGGUAAUGAUGCUCACUAUACGCUCUGUGCUAUGCUUGGAAUUGCGGUGCAAGAAGUGCGUGGCAACGAGCAGCAGAGCAACGACUUACUUAACAAGAUGGAUUGA